AUGGUAUUUGAGGUCUCUCUCAGCCCAAAGCCCUUCCUGCAGUUCAGGGCUGAUUCCCAGGAAUUCCUGCAGUUCAGGGAGGGCUGUUUUCCCAUCAAUCCCUGGAUCCCAGGGCUGAUUCCCAGGAAUGUUUCCCAUCAAUCCCUGGAUCCCAGGAAUGUUUCCCAUCAAUUCCUGGAUCCCAGGCCUCUUUCCCAGGCCCUUUUCCCGGCAUUCCCACCUCUCCUUUUCCAGAGCGAGCACUUUUCCUUCCUGGGGAUCAACAACCAGUCGAGCCUGUCGGACAUGCGCUGCCGCACCACCUUCUACACCGCGCUGGGCCGGCUCCUCAUGGUGGAUUUAGGGGAGGACGAGGAUCAGUACGAGCAGUUCAUGCUGCCCCUCACCGCUGCCUUCGAGGCCGUGGCUCAGAUGUUCAGCACCAACUCCUUCAACGAGCAGGAGGCCAAGCGCACGCUGGUGGGGCUGGUGCGGGACCUGCGCGGCAUCGCCUUCGCCUUCAACGCCAAAACCUCCUUCAUGAUGCUCUUCGAGUGGAUUUACCCCUCCUACAUGCCCAUCCUGCAGAGAGCCAUCGAGCUCUGGUACCACGACCCCGCCUGCACCACGCCCGUGCUCAAACUCAUGGCUGAGCUGGUCCACAACAGAUCCCAGCGGCUCCAGUUCGAUGUCUCCUCUCCCAACGGGAUCCUGCUCUUCCGCGAGACCAGCAAGAUGAUCACGACCUACGGGAAUCGCAUCCUGACGCUGGGCGAGGUGCCCAAGGACCAGGUGUACGCGCUGAAGCUGAAGGGAAUCUCCAUCUGCUUCUCCAUGCUGAAGGCGGCGCUCAGCGGCAGCUACGUCAACUUCGGCGUCUUCCGGCUCUACGGCGACGACGCGCUGGACAACGCGCUGCAGACCUUCAUCAAACUGCUGCUCUCCAUCCCGCACAGCGACCUGCUGGAUUAUCCCAAGCUGAGCCAAUCCUACUAUUCCCUGCUGGAAGUGCUCACGCAGGACCACAUGAACUUCAUCGCCAGCCUGGAGCCCCACGUCAUCAUGUACAUCCUGUCCUCCAUCUCCGAGGGCCUCACCGCGCUCGACACCAUGGUGUGCACGGGCUGCUGCUCCUGCCUGGACCACAUCGUCACCUACCUGUUCAAGCAGCUCUCGCGCAGCACCAAGAAGAGAUCGACGCCCCUGGCCCAGGAGAGCGAUCGCUUCCUGCACAUCAUGCAGCAGCACCCCGAGAUGAUCCAGCAGAUGCUCUCGACGGUGCUGAACAUCAUCAUCUUCGAGGACUGCCGGAACCAGUGGUCCAUGUCCCGGCCUCUGCUCGGCCUCAUCCUGCUCAACGAGAAGUACUUCUCGGACCUGAGGAACAGCAUCGUCAACAGCCAGCCCCCGGAGAAGCAGCAGGCCAUGCACCUGUGCUUCGAGAACCUCAUGGAGGGCAUCGAGCGCAACCUGCUCACCAAGAACCGCGACAGGUUCACCCAGAACCUGUCGGCGUUCCGGAGGGAGGUCAACGACUCCAUGAAGAACUCGAGCUACGGCGUCAACAGCAACGACAUGAUGAGCUGACAGGCGCAGAGCCCCCGGAUCUCCCUUCCCGAGGGAAGAUCCCAGGGAUCCCCAAAUCCCCGGGGAGGAGGGAGCAGCAGGUGGAGCUCACCUGGGCAGGUGUUUUCCCGUGGGAAGGGCAGAAUCCAGGUGCAGGAAUUCCAAGGUGUCCGUGUCUCUCUCUUUUUCCUUCCCUGGCCGGAACGUGGAACCGGCGGCGCUCCGCUGCGAAAAGCCUGCCUUGUAUAAAAAACAAAAAAAAAAAAAACAAAAAAAAAAAAAAAAAAAGAAAAAAAAACAUGUACAUUUUUUCAUAACAUUUUGGAGCAAGGUUUAUAUUGAGUUUCAGAAA